GAUUGAAUCCAGAGGCAUUCGUGAUCCAACAACAACAAAGAUCGAAAAACAAUGGCAAAAGUUCCAAGAGUGAAACUGGGUUCACAGGGUUUACAAGUCUCAGCUCAGGGCUUAGGCUGCAUGGGCAUGUCCGCUUUCUACGGACCACCCAAACCCGAACCCGACAUGAUCAACCUCAUCCACCACGCCAUUGACGCCGGUGUCACCUUCCUCGACACUUCUGAUGUCUACGGCCCCAAAACCAAUGAAAUCCUUCUUGGCAAGGCUUUGAAGGGAGGGGUGAGGGAGAAAGUGGAGCUGGCUACCAAAUUCGGGGCCAAAUACGACGGCGGCGAGUGGUCAAUUCAGGGAGAUCCGGCGUAUGUAAGGGCUGCUUGUGAAGCUAGCCUGCAGCGACUUGAGGUCGAUUGCAUUGAUCUCUAUUAUCAGCACAGGAUUGAUACUCGUGUGCCGAUUGAAAUCACGAUGGGAGAACUAAAGAAGCUGGUGGAAGAAGGAAAAAUUAAGUAUGUUGGAUUAUCGGAGGCAUCAGCAUCAACCAUCAGAAGAGCACAUGCUGUGCACCCGAUAACUGCCAUACAACUAGAAUGGUCCUUGUGGUCAAGAGAUGUUGAAGAAGAUAUUAUUCCUACUUGCAGAGAACUUGGGAUAGGGAUUGUUGCAUACAGUCCUCUAGGACGGGGGUUCUUCUCAUCUGGCCCGAAGUUGUUGGAUGAGUUGCAAGAUGGUGACUUGCGUAAGUACAUGCCGAGGUUCCAACCCGAAAAUCUUGAACACAACAAGAUCGUGUACGAGAGGGUUAAUGAAAUUGCGUCAAAGAAGGGUUGCACACCUUCACAACUAUCAUUGGCCUGGGUUCACCACCAGGGAAAUGACGUUGUGCCCAUUCCAGGAACCACCAAGAUCCAAAAUCUUGAACAGAACAUUGGAGCUUUAUCUGUUAAGCUAACACCAGAAGAGAUGACUGAACUUGAAUCCAUUGCAGCAGCUGAUCUAGUCAAGGGGGCUCGCUAUGGUGCUGGUGUUUCCACAUAUCUGGACUCGGAGACUCCUCCGCUCUCAUCUUGGAAAGCUUAAUCUUAAUUGUUGCUAUAGGUCGCGUGUUGCUAUCUGUUUUUCUGUAAGCGAGCUUGUUCAUAGCUGCGAGUUUGUUGAUUGUUAUAUGUUUGUAUAUGAAUAUUGGCUUUUUUUUCUUGUAAGAACCUUGGUAUGUGUCGUGAGAGGGUAUUAUGCAAUGUGAUGACUGAACAAAGUGAAUUAUAUGAUGGGCCAAAAGUUUUAAGAGUGGUA